AAGAAGUUACAGCCGCACAUCUGCCAUUUCUAGCUUAAUCUAGACCAAUGGAGCCAUCCAAGCUAGUAGUUGUUUUGCUCGUGCUGGCCAUGGCGACCAUGCGGCCUUCCAGCGCUCAGAACUCGCCUCAAGACUACCUCACGCCCCACAACCAGGCCCGCGCCGCCGUCGGCGUCGGCCCGUUGACCUGGAGCACGAAGCUGCAGCAGUUCGCGGAGAGGUACGCCGCGCAGAGGGCCGGCGACUGCCGGCUGCAGCACUCGGGCGGGCCCUACGGGGAGAACAUCUUCUGGGGCUCCGCCGGCGCCGACUGGAAGGCGGCGUACGCGGUGAGGUCGUGGGUGGACGAGAAGCAGUGGUACAACUACGCCUCCAACAGCUGCGCCGCCGGCAAGGUGUGCGGCCACUACACGCAGGUGGUGUGGCGUGCCACCACCAGCAUCGGCUGCGCGCGCGUCGUCUGCAGCAACAACCGCGGGGUCUUCAUCACCUGCAACUACGAGCCCCGCGGCAACAUCGUAGGACAGAAGCCCUACUGAUCGCUAAACUAUAUCCUCUGGCUCAUGGAUUACGUGGCAUGGGUGCAUGGGACUUUCUAUUAUACGAAUAAUAAGGCACUAAGUAAAUAAAGUGUCAGUGUGGGCCGUUAAAUAUCACGGUGUGCUACCUCUAUCUCUUAAUAAAGCCAAUAAAUAAAGGAGUUUGCUAUUUAUUGAUAGAAGGUUGUUUUUUUCCUGUUAUAUACUCCAGGAGUGUGCUACCUCCAUCCGCAAUACUAAAUAAAUACAGU